AUGCCACGUACAGCCCUCUUCGUAAUCGACAUCCAAGUAGAAUUGGCGCAGAAUCCGCCGACUGAAAUACCACAUGCGGACCGUAUCCGCGAAGCCGGAACGAGCAUCCUACAACGAGCACGUCAAGCCAUUGACACGGCGUGCGAACAGGGCCGAGAACCGGAUUUAGAGAUUGUGUUCGUGCAGCACGAGGAGGUUGCGGAGAAAGGACCGCUGGUCAAAGGGAGUAAGGCGUGGGAGUUGGUGUUCAAGCCACGAGAGGGGAAUAGUUGGGAGAGGGUUGUGGGGAAGGAUGUCCGCGAUACUUUCUCCUCCAAUCCAUCCCUUGCGUCCCAACUGAAGAAAUCGGGUGUAGACACGAUUGUAGCCUUUGGCAUACAAAGUGAAUGCUGCGUGCUUUCGACCUGCAGAGGUGCACUAGCCGCUGGAUUCAAAGUCAUCUUGUUGCAAGGUGCACAUUCUACCUACGACUACGACAACAAGUCAGCGCGGGAUGUUGAGGUAGACGUAGAGUUGAUGGUCGAGAGCGCGGGCGCUGAGGUGGAAGGCUGGAAGAUGUGGAAGCCGGUGGCUUGA